CCAAAAAAUUUUAUGGUUAAUAAUGUAAAUGCAGUAAAAUACUACCUUCAAAUGACUGACAUAAUGUUUAGAUCGUCAAUGAAUUACAUCAGACGAUGUGUUCCGGUGAUAGGUUUGGUGAUGGGAACGUUGAUUGUGUACAGCAUAUUUUUCUAUAACUCAUACGCUCAAGUUUCGAGAAACCUGGUUGGCUCUCCAAACCUCAGUCUCACGAACGUGACGCAGUACUUCCAUCAUCAUCAGAAUUUUUCACGGUUUGAGGAUAAGCUUUUCAAACCAAUCCUGAACGCUUUCAAACACCCCAACUUGCUCCACGAUCGCAAGACGAAGUUCCGGUCUGACACGAUACCAACGAUUUUCUUGUUGUCAAAUAAAAGUAUCACCAACUCUUACUGGGUUGACUCCUUGAAACAUUUCACAGAAAAACAGUGCCCAUUUCAGUGCAAUUUUACUGACAAUGAGAAGGAAGUGAGCAAGGCCGAUGCAGUACUAGUAUAUUUCAGUUACUUUGAAAGUCCUGACGCCCUUAAAUCAAAAUUGCCGAAAAGAGACCCAAGACAACCAUGGAUUGCAUUCGCAGUUGAAACUCCUGAUCACAAAUUUUUUAAAACCCAACUUCCAAUCUCAUCAUUCAACGGAAUUUUUAACCGUACAAUGACUUUCAGGCGUGAUUCAGACAUCAUUUUCACUCAUGGCUUCGUAGUGUCAAAAGAAGAUGCAGCAUUCCUACCACAACCCUGGGUGCGGCAUCCACCACGUUUGAGGCAGCUACCGUUCUACAAGAGGAAGGUGGCAGUGGCCUUUAUCUCGCAUUGCGUUUCUCUUGGUAGACGAAUGGACUACAUCCGUGAACUUAGUGAAUUCGUUCCAGUGGACAUCUACGGCAAGUGUGGAAAAUUAUCCUGUGGAGCAUCACGAUACGUCGGUUCUUCGCCCGAAAUUGAAGACGACACUUGUAUUUUAGAGGCAGCAGAAAAUUAUCUCUUUUAUCUCAGCUUCGAAAAUAGCAUUGCCGAUGAUUACGUCACUGAAAAACUCUAUAAUAUAUUGUUUUAUCCUGUGGUACCGAUUGUUUUUGGAGGAGUCAACUAUUCAGAUAUUCUUCCUCCGAAUUCUUUCAUUCCAGCUCUGGAAUACAAACCAGCCGAUCUUGCAAUUCUGAUAUUAAAGUUGUCUCACGACGAGACUCGCUACAACGCCAUGCUGGAGUGGCGGAACCGCUAUCAAGUGUCAAAAGUGGGGACAAGGAGAAUCUAUUGCGACCUCUGCACCAAACUUCGCACCACGAAGUUAUACGAGGAGAAACUUUACGAUGAUUUCGAGGAUUGGUUUGGCACACAGUCGCACUGCAGGAAGUAUACAACGGACGGUGUGGUGCCUUCAACUUAGUACCGAUUAUUUGUCGGGGCACACUAAGUAAGAAUAAAAAUUAUUUUAGAUGCAUCUCGCUUUAAAGAGGUGCAAAAAUUUUAAACGUUAUAUAGUAACGGGAGCGCCAAACUUAGUACCGAUUAUUUGUCGGGGUACCUACACUAAGUAAGAAUAGA